AUUGGGAAAAACAGAGUGAUCCCGAUAAAUCAGUGUUUAUUCACGUUUGUUUCGCUUUUUAUUCACUUGUUAUUUAUUAUUUGCAAAUCAAUCGUUCGUGUGUUUAUUUCAUUCCACUCUUGUCUGUCUCAUUCAUACGAUAUUGUUGUUUCUGUCGGCUUGCUCGCUAGCUCGGUCGGUCGGUCGGUCGACGGUUCGUUCGUUGGUUCUGUAAGUUUUGUGUCUCUCGGUGAGUGUUAUUAGGCUCACUCUCUCUCUCGCAUUUUCAGUUCGGUUACACAAAGCAAUAAAUCGGUACAUACCACAUGAAAAUCAUGUAGUCUUCGUCCAGCGCUGGACGUAAAGCGAGAAUUACUGAAUAUUCUGUUGUGUGUGAUUUUUGUUAUUUUUCUUUUAUGUUAUUGUCAUUUGGGACAUUAUUUUCGCCGAAUCGAGACACCAAAGUGAGAGAAACAGAAAUUCGUGUGUUUGGUUUUUCAUGUGCGGUGUGAUUUUUCGUUUUCUUCUUCAUCAACAUCUUUCGCGUAUCAAUGAAAAACUCGUCUUUCUUGUCAAAAUUGUCGUUUUAUCGUUCAUUUUUUUUUUAAAUGUUUUCGGUUUAGAUGAAAAUAUCAAUUUCGAUUUGGAUCAAAGUGUGGAUUUUUUUUUUUGGCCAAUAUGUGAUUGAAUCAAACCGCAAGAAAGAAACAAACAAAUAACAACCAGGAAGAAAAACAUUUCAAACAAAUCAAUGUGUUUACAUUUUUUUCGACCAAAACCGACGACCGCGACAACGAUGAUGUUGUUUAUCACGAAGACUAUACGUGCAAUGGAACGAACAAGGAAAAAAUGUAACAGCAAUUUUUCGUAGACGCCAAGACUGAGCGAAGUGUAAACGAUCGGGAAUAAACGAAUGAGCUAAAAUAAAAAGUGAGAAAAUAAAAUAGAGGCAAACGAAAGAAGAAGAAGAAGAAAAAGAAAAGAAAGAAAUUAGAUUUGAUAUGAUUUGCCGUGUUUUGAAUGUGUUUUAUUUCGAAAUACGCCAAUGUCAACAAGGACGAACAAAGUGGGCUCAACAACAACCACAAUCAGCUAAUCGCCACAAUUUUUGGAGAAAUGUUGUGAAUGUCAUUUAUUGUAAUGGUUAAAUAACGCCGGUAAAAUAUAGGCAGCUAAAUAAAGUUUUCCAACAUCGAAAUAUCAAUAAUAAAAAAAAGCGUUAAAAAAUCCGCAUAUAAAAUUAAAGCAAAGAAAAGAAAAGGGAAAAAAAAAAUAAAAAAAAUGAUAAAACACGGUAAACGCAAACGACAAACAUGAUUUGAUUCAUGCCACCAUCUCUCUAUCGAUCAAACAAUGUGAAUGGAAUAGAAAAAAAGAGUAACGGAACGAAAGAAAGAAGGAUCAGACAGAAUGUGUGUUGGUCGUGUGUAGCCGAUACGAAUCGAUUGAUGAACAGAAGAUAAAAAAAAAAUUGUCAGUGAAUUGAAACGGAUCCUGAAUGGUUGUUUUUUAAUCUGUUUAUCCACAAUAAAUUGAACUAAAUUUCGAAUGAACGUUGUUGUUUGUAUGUGCAGUGGAUGUACUAGAGUCCAUCCACCACAAAACACAUCCAAAGGCAGCUAAAACAAUCGAUCACAACAACAACCGGCUUCUCUAUUAUUUUUUUUGUACAUUUUUGUAGUGGUUGUUGUUGCAACAAGAAAGUUUAUAAAAUAGGAAUUUUAAGUGUAAGUAAGUGCUACGGAGUAACCAAGAGCAAUGGGCAACAAAUGGUAUUCACAACGAAAAUGCUCACAAUCAAUUCGAUUACGUCGAAAACGGCGCUGCAUCAUACACAAUACGAGCUACAGCUAUUUCCAAUCUAUCGUGAUAAUCAUAUUACUAAAUUUAGUGCGAUUUGAAAAUUAUGUGGCGGCGACGACGACGACGACGACGGCGGCAGCGGCAGAAACCACCGUGUGGUCAUCAUCAACAACAUUGUCAUCGACAACGCCGAUCGUGAGAAGGGCAACCUCUUCGAUCGAGCCAAAAAUUACACACGAUAACCGUUCACUCGAACAUAUCUAUUUGCGUGAUAUUACAAAGACCAGCAACAGUAGUGGUGAAAGUUGUGUAUCGACAGCCUUUCAAUGUAGAGACGGCACAUGCCUACCACUGGCUUGGCGCUGUGAUAAUAAACGCGACUGUGAAGAUGGAUUUGAUGAGGAAAAUUGCGAGAAAACACGACAAUGCAAUAGCCAACAGUUUGAAUGCUGGAAAACGCGACGUUGCAUACCGCGCGAAUGGUUGUGCGAUCAUGAUUUUGAUUGUGGCCCAUUUGACACAUCUGAUGAAGACGAAUCAUUGUGUCAGCUAAAGGGAAAAUGUUUGCCAAAUCAAAGCGAAUGCGCUAGUCCCAGUGGCACCGGUCCAGUUUGUAUCGAUACCGAAAAAUUUUGCGAUGGACACUUCGACUGUGUUAAUGAUGAAUAUACUGAAUACUGUGAUAAUAGCACGUUAAAAGCCGAUUGUGUUGCCUUGAAUUGUUCGUCUGGAUGCAAACCGACACCGCUCGGUGCAAAGUGCUACUGUAGUCGUGGCCAGCAGCCCAAUGGAACUCAAUGCGAAGACAUUGACGAAUGUUUGACGACAGACAGCUGUGAUCAAAUAUGUAAAAAUAUUCCCAAUUCAUUCGAAUGCUCGUGUGUGGCUGGUUAUGAAUUAGUCAAUAAAACAACUUGUAAGGCGAUCAAUUAUCCUGUAAACGAAACGGCUUCAAUUAUACUAAUUACCGAAAAUGAUAUUAAAAGAGUUUCAUUUAGCGGCAACUCAUUUAACAAUAGUCAACAGUCUCUGGCUAAUAUUCAAACGUUUGACAUUUGGCAUGCAAACCGAACAAUCUGUGUGAUAAAUGGAUCAAAUAAUGACAAUCCCAAAGAUCUAACAUGUUUUAACGUUGACAAUUUCAACGUAUCAUGGAAAUUUCCAAAACCAGAAAUCGUCACCAAUUUAAAUUCGAUCGAUAUUUUGCGAAUCGAUUGGAUUACCGGCAACUGGUAUUUCGUGAAUACCGAAAAUGGCUUAAUUGUACUAUGCAAUCCUCCGAUGACGAUUUGUACAAUUGUCAUCGAAAUGCAUGGUCAAAAGAUUAACACGCUCGAAUUGGAUCCAAUCAAAGGAUUUCUAUUCUUCACGACGUCCGAUACAUUUGGCAGUUUACUUCGCGCGAAUAUGGAUGGAAGCGAGUAUACGAUCAUUGAAUCGUAUAAAAUCUACUAUCCGACCAGUUUGAAGUUGGAUUUGGCCAAUCAGCACAUUUAUUGGCUGGAUAAAUAUAUGGAUUACAUCGAACGCGUUGACUAUGAUGGCGAGAAUCGAUGGUCAUUGAAGGCGUUUAUUGGCAGUUCGAUGCGACCAAUGCAUGCGAUCGCGUUGUUUGAAAGUAAUAUUUACAUCACGAAACGAACAUCGCAACAUUUGGAAAUGUGGCGAAUCAGUCGGCGCAAUACGAGUUCAGCGGAAAAGAUAUUCGUAACCGACCAACAACCACUUGAGGUGCGAAUUUUUCAUGCACAAAGCCAACCAACUGCUCUAAACCCUUGUGCGGCCAACAAAUCACUGAACUGUGGACAUUUGUGCGUUUUGACCCGUGGAGUGGACAAAAAGCUGCAAGGUCAGUGCAUAUGCAGCGCCGGAUAUCAGUUGAAAUCACAACACAAUUGCGUUCUUGUUAAACAAACAUCGUUUUUAAUCUAUGCCAAACAAAGUCCGACUAUGAUACGAGGCAUCUCCAUUUCCAAUGAAACCGAUGUUUCGGGCGCACAAGAAUGCAUGGUGCCCGUUUUGAAUGUAAAGUGGCCAUUGAGUCUGGACUAUAAUGUGAAGAAACAACACAUUUACUUUGGACAAAAUGAUAUAUCAAACAACGAGUUCCUAAUCGAAUCGCAAAAUUUAGACGGCACCAAUCGCACACUCAUUCGACAAGGUCGUGGACACUGUCAUAGCAUCGCAUAUGAUUGGGUGGGAAAUAAUAUUUUCUGGGCGUCGUCAAGGAAAAUUGAUGUGUUUAGCUUAUCGAAUCCAAAUAUUACCAAAACACUUAUUCACACACUUAAUGCUGGAUCGAUUGCAUUGGAUCCAAAGCAAGGUCUAUUGUACUGGUCGACCUGGGCAUCGGAGAACACUAUCGGCCAAAUAAUGGUGUCUUGGAUGGAUGGCACACAUAAAAGCGUGUUCGUUGACAUGUGUGUGGAUCGAAACAAAUGUACGAAUAUUGAUUGGCCAUCGAGCUUAACGAUCGACUUUACCGAUCGCAAGCUAUACUGGUGCGAUCCACGCAUGCAAACCAUCGAACGAAUCGGAUUGGAUGGCAAAAAUCGAGAAGUCGUCGUACAAACCAGUCACAGCGGAAACUUUUAUCCAUUCUCCGUGGCCAGUCACAAUAGAUACAUAUAUUUUACGGAUAUAUCCAGCGGAAAUAUCACAAAAGUCAAUUUGAAAGAUGCCAACAAUCGAGAAAAAUAUACUCUAUUGGCACAGGAAAAUCGUCGAAUAACUGACAUCAAAAUUUUCGAUAAUUUAACCCAAUCGAAUGCUGACAUUUGUUAUGACAAACCAUGCCCCGGCCUCAUGUUAGCCACGCCAAAUGGAUGCGUUUGUGUGUGCGGCAAUGAUUACGAUUUGAAUGCAAGCGGUACACAAUGCUUGCGUCAAACGAAAUCAGCGGUGAAAAAUGAAUGCGCUCCUGGCAUGUUCCAGUGUCGAAGUAGCGGCGAGUGUAUCAACGAAACCAAUUUGUGUGACGGUGAUAGAGACUGUCCUUUGGGAGACCAGGAUUAUAGCGAUGAUGAAUCGUUUGCCGACGAUGGUCCGUGCAAUGCCAAAAACAACUGCACUUUCAAUGAUGAAAGUGGUUUCAUAUGUGAUGAAAAUCGAUGUUUGCGCCAGCAUGUCGUUUGUGAUGGUUUGGUCCAAUGCAAAGAUGGUAGCGAUGAACUACCGUCGCGAUGUGCAGUCGUCUCGUGUCCACCCGACAAAUUCCAGUGCAAACACUCGAAACAAUGCAUUCCGAAAAGCUUUUUGUGCGAUGGAAAUGCCGACUGUGAUGACAAAAGCGACGAAAUGGAAAACUGCACCGAAUGUCCAGAGUUUCGAUGCAAAAAUGGCCUGUGCAUUCUAUACGAAAAAGUGUGCGAUGGUGUGAAUCAAUGCGGUGAUUUCUUCGACGAAGAGCAUUGUUCGUUUGAAUGUAAAAAAGGCGAAUAUUUCUGCCAUCCAAAAGGUUGUUUAACACCAGACAAAUUGUGCGAUGGCAUUGUUGAUUGCUACAAUGCUUUCGAUGAGGCCGGUUGUAUCAAUACGACGACCACACCAACACCAGACGACACAGAAAAAGUGCGCCAAUCCAAGAAAAAUCUAAUGAAAACACAUCACUGCGAGCCACAUGAAUUCCAAUGCACAAAUUGGAAAGAAUGUGUUCCAAUGGAGGUUCGAUGCGAUUCAUAUCAAGAUUGCUUUGACAGGAGCGAUGAAUUGAAUUGCACAACGGUUAAACCACGAACGCAUAACUUUACAUUCGGCGACAUGGGAUGCUCGCAUCCGGAUCGCGUGUGUCCCGUCACUGGCAAUUGCAUUCGCGUACAUCAGCUGUGUGAUGGAAAAACCGACUGCCCUGAUGGUUCCGACGAAGGCUACAAAUGUGUGGAAAAGCAAUGUGAUCAAAAUUCGGAAUGUUCACAUUUUUGCCAUAACGCUCCCGAAGGAUUUGUAUGCUCGUGCCCUUCAUACAUGUUCCUCAAACCAAACGGAUUGGUUUGUAGUUCGGAGCACUCAUGCUUGUCUUGGGGAACGUGUUCGCAGGUGUGCGUACAGGUUGGAAAGCGUCAUAAAUGCGGAUGCCAAGAUGGUUUUACCUUGCAAUACGAUCAAUUCACGUGUCGUAGUAAUAAUCCGGAUUCACCGUAUGUCAUAUUCAGUAAUCGCGAAGAAAUUCGUGGUGUUGAUCUGCGAACGUUGGCGGUGAAAAACUUCUAUGCCUCUCUGCGCAAUACGAUUGCCAUUGACUUUUUGUUGGACAACGGUACGAUGCAAAUAUUUUGGACGGAUGUUAUCGAUGAUAAAAUCUAUCGUGGCACAUUGACCGGUGAUGUGAUUCGAAGUAUUGAUGUGGUUGUUCACUCGGGGUUGUUGACGGCUGAAGGAUUGGCCGUUGAUUGGAUUGGUCACAAUUUGUAUUGGGUCGAUAGUAAUUUGGAUCAAAUUGAAGUGGCUCAAAUUAACGGAUCAUUUCGACGAACACUGAUUGCUGGUGAGAUUGAUAGUCCACGUGCAUUGGCCCUUGAUCCACGCGAAGGCUGGCUAUUUUGGACGGAUUGGGACAAGAGUGAUCCGCGUAUUGAACGUUGCUCAAUGGCUGGUGAACAUCGUAAAACGAUUAUUCAAGUGGAUAAAUCCGUUGGCGGUUGGCCAAAUGGCCUUACAUUAGACUAUGCUCAGAAACGAAUUUAUUAUAUUGACGCACAUUCGGAUUCAAUUCAUACCACCGACUAUGAUGGAAACAAACAUCAUUUGGUUAUUCGAGACCAGGAAACGUUAUCACAUCCAUUUAGCAUAUCGUUAUUUGAAAAUUAUGUCUAUUGGACGGAUUGGAGGACGAAUUCCGUGAUGAGAGCCAACAAAUGGAAUGGAUCGGAUGUGACAACCGUUGAUCGCACAUCAUCUCAACCGUUUGGUAUUCAAAUUUUACACUCAAGUCGACAACCACGCGAAGGACCCAGCCCUUGUGCUGAAAACAAUGGCGGAUGCUCACAUUUAUGCCUGUUGAGCGUUUCAAAAACAUACAAAUGCGAAUGUCCACACGUGAUGCAGCUAAGCGCCGACAAUAAGACCUGCAUACAAAAUGAAGAGGUGCUACUGUUUUUGGUCGGUUCGGAAAUUCGCGGUAUCAAUCCACAAACCAACCAUUAUAUCAUUCCGACGAUUAGCCAUGCAACACAGGUGCCUGAGUUAAAUGUUAUCGAUUUUUUGUACGCUGACAGUCGAUUGUUUUGGACCGAUAAAUCAGUCGACGAAAUUCGAACAUCCGGUUUGGCCAAUGGCAAUGCUGAAACCGUUUUGGAUACUGAUUUCACAAACAUCGGUGGAUUUGCCAUUGAUUUUAUCGCUCGCAACAUGUUCAUUUCGACAGCAGGCCGGAAUGGAUUGUACAAGAUUCGCGUUUGCAACAUUAAGGGCGAAUACAUUGCUGAUAUUCUGACCAAAUUAUAUGCAGUCAAAUCAAUUGCAAUCGAUCCGGCUAGAGGAGCGUUGUACUUUUCACAUGAAAACAGCAAUGGUACUACGUUCAUUGUUGAGAAAUCGGCAUUGGAUGGUUCAAAUCGUCAAAUCCUUUUGAAAAGUUCGGCGCCCAUCGGUAGUCUAACAACGGAUCUUGAAUGUAAUCGUUUAUACUUUGUGCGUAAGCAAACGGGUUCAGUUGAAUAUUUGGAUUUAAUAUCAUCAAGUGUUCAUGAGGUUGUUCCCGCAGAAAAGUUAGUUCUUGGUUACAAAAAGAUUGAAAGUAUAACAAUUUACAAAGAUACGGUAUACUUUGCGGAGACAACCGAUGCCAAAAUUGAGAAAUGUGACAAAACAACGUGUGCGAAUCGUACAAUGGUGCGGCUGAACAAAGAUAUUGUGUAUUCGUUGGCGGUAUUCCAUUCGGGUGCACAACAAGGCGAAAAUGCAUGUUCGACUAACAAUGGUACAAAAAAGUGUGAUCACCUAUGUUUGGCCACCUCAAAGACGGCGUAUGUUUGCAAGUGUGCUAUUGGCUAUAAAAUUGAUCCAACGAAUGGUUCGAACAAAUGUGUGGGUGAAAAAGAAUUUAUCCUGUAUUCCAUUGGCCAUGAAUUGCGCGGAGUUCGCCUGAACAAUAGCAAUAUCAACGCAAACGAAACCGUGCUUGAUGAUCAAUUGGAACACGUUCUUCCACCAAUUCCACGCAUCUCUUUGGCCACAAACAUUGACUACCAUCAUCGAUACGAUUUACUGUUCUACGCUGACAGUGACAAGGGUGAAAUAACAAGUAUUAAACGCGAUGGCACAAAUCGUCAGAUUAUUGUCAAUCAAACGGAUCAAUUUGAUGCGAAUGGCGGCGAUUGGUUGAGUGGUAUUGCAGUUGAUUGGAUCGGUGAUAAUAUUUAUUGGUGCGAUGAAAAGCGUAAUAUCAUCGAAGUCGCACGGUUGAAUGGCACAUUGCGUUAUGUCGUCAUUUCGUAUGUUAAUAAACCGAAGGCCGUUGCUGUUGAUCCGAUUGCCGGCUAUCUAUUUUUCAUUGGCGGCGACAAAAAAGGCACAUAUUUUAUCGGUCGCGCCCGGCUGGAUGGCAGCAACCACGUGAUUUUAUCGAAUCAAUCGACGCAACUCUCGAACCUCGUUUUGGAUAAAACCAAUCAGAUUGUGUACUGGUGUGAGUCAGCGUCACGAACAAUUUGGCGCAGCGACUACAGCGGUGAAUUCAAAUCGAUUGUGCUUAAUCAAACUAUCGAAAAUCCGGUGGCAUUGUCCGUUUACGACUCAAAACUCUAUUGGGCUGAUAAUUCGCAUCAAAAUGGUACGAUAAAAGUGGCGCCCACCGAGGACUUGACGCAAAUUCGAAUGGUCUUAACGAGUUAUGCAAAUCCAUUGAGCGAUCUGAAAAUAUUCUCGGAUAAGAUUCAAACUGGCCAAAAUCCAUGUGCCGAUUUAAAUGGUGGUUGUGAAGAGCUUUGCUUAUUCAAUGGAACGCAUCCGGUGUGUGCUUGUUCACAUGGAGAAGUUGCUGCUGACGGCAAAUCCUGUAUACCGUUCGAUGAAUUCCUGAUUUACUCGCGUGUCGUGUCCAUUGAAAGCAUUCAUUUAACCAAUAAUCUCAAUAUGAACAGUCCAAUUUUGAAGAUUCAACACCCGAAACUAUUGCGCAACACAAUUGGAUUGAGUUAUAACUAUGAUCAGCGACGCAUUUUCUACUCGGACGUACAUUCAAGUUCCAUCAAUUGGGUGUACUUCAAUGGCACCGAUCAUCAAAUUCUCGUGAAUAAACAAGUUUCGGUUGAAGGUUUGGUAUACGAUCCAGUAAGUAAACAACUUUUCUGGACAUCAAAUAGCGAUGCAUCGAUUCGAACAAUUGACACAACCAAUUUGACCACGGAUUAUGAGAAUAAUUUCAAUUUGGUGAAACAAGUGAUACAAUUGAAUACACACGAUAAACCACGUGGAAUUGCCGUUGAAUCAUGCUUGGGUAUGGUUUAUUGGGCCAAUUGGAAUGCUGAUGCUGCUUCAAUUCAACGGUGUUACAUCACCGGAUAUAAUCUACAAAACAUUAUUACGACCGAUAUUCGAAUGCCAAAUGCGAUCGCGAUCGAUUAUGAAAAUCAUAAAUUGUAUUGGGCCGAUGCUCGGCUGGAUAAAAUCGAACGGGCCGAUUACGAUGGAUCGCAUCGUGUUGUUUUAGCACAUUCAACACCGAAACAUCCAUUCGCAAUUACUGUGUACAAAAAUUAUCUCUAUUUCACCGAUUGGGUAUUGCGUGCGGUUGUUCGAGUCAAUAAAUAUUCGGGCGGUGAUGUGACUUGGUUGCGAAAAGAUAUCGGUCGAUUGAUGGGCAUUGUUGCCGUUCAAAAUACUUCCUCCGAUUGCGAGGCAAGCCCAUGUUCCGUGCUGAAUGGCGGCUGUGAAGACGCAUGCGCCUUUGUAAACGGUAAAAUCAAAUGUGAAUGCACGAGCGGUAGACUGGCUGCAGAUGGUAAACGAUGCAUUCAGACGAGUCCACAGUGUCCGAGCGGACAGUUUAAAUGCAAAUCCAAGGAAUGCAUCCCAUUCGAAUUGACCUGCGAUGGUAUCAAUCACUGUACCGAUGGUGCCGAUGAGAACAUCGACUACUGCAACCUUCGACUCUGUCCGUCCAACUACUUCAUGUGCAACAAUCGGCGAUGCAUCCCAAUGAACCACACUUGUGACGGUAUUGAACAUUGCCAUGAUGGCCAUGAUGAGGCGAUCUGCGAUUGUAAUCAAAGCGAACAUUUCAAGUGCGCAUCGGGACAAUGCAUUGAUAAAAGCUAUUAUUGUGAUUCAGAUCCUGAUUGUCCGGAUGGUAGCGAUGAAGUGGAUUGCCCGAAUAAAGAAUUAGCCUGCACUGGAAUGCCUGGAAUUUUGCUGAGAUGCGGCAAUACAUCCACAUGUUAUAUGGAUUCAUGGCGAUGUGAUGGUGAAAACGACUGUCCGUUGGGUGAAGAUGAAAUGGGUUGCCCAAAUAUCACAUGUCCCGACAACAAAUUUCAAUGUAGAAACGGCCACUGUAUUCACAUUGCCUGGCGUUGCGAUGGAGACGAGGAUUGUCCCGAUGGUGAUACAUCCGACGAAGAAGAUUGUCAUGUGAACGGUACAAAGCUUGAAUGUAAACCAAAUUACUUCAGGUGUGCCGAUGGUUCACUCUGUAUUUCAUCCACCUGGCAAUGUGAUCGAAGCAACGACUGUGUCGAUGGCUCUGAUGAAGGUGAACACUGUAAAUCGCGCGAAUGUGAUCCAACAAUGUUUCGUUGUGCAGAAUCUGGUCGUUGCAUACCGCAGUUGUGGGUAUGUGACGGAGAUCGCGAUUGUGCUUUGACUGGCGAAGAUGAAAUGAAUUGUACUUCAACAAAUUGCCCCGAAAAUAUGUUCGCAUGCGGAAGUCAUGAGUGUAUUGAAUAUGUUUAUUUUUGCGAUGGAUCAACUGAUUGUGCGGACGGUAGCGAUGAACCAGUUGGAUGUGUUGACUCUACAUUGAAGCGACCAUCAAAAUGUAGCGGCGAUAAUUGUAACACUAUGAAUUCAACAUCGGCAAUUUGUGCUUCACCGGAAUUUUAUCGUUGUGCAAAUGGAGCAUGCGUACCUGAAUCGGCGCUGUGCAAUGGCGAAAUGGACUGCGGUCCAAACGAUUUCAGUGAUGAGGAGCUGUGCAAUAUCAAUGAAUGUGAACAUUCGAGUGAACCGUUAUGCGCGCACAUCUGUGAGGAUCGUAAAAUUGGCUACGAAUGUUCGUGCAAUGCAGGCUUUAAAAUCAGUCAUAAGCAAAAGAAUUUAUGUGAAGACAUAAACGAGUGUGUUGAUCGUCCGUGCAGUCAAAUUUGUACAAAUACAUACGGCAGCUACCAUUGUUCAUGUGUUGAUGGGUAUGCGCUAAAGGAGAAGCACAUUUGCAAAGCGGUCACCACCGAACAAGUCAAGUUGAUAUUUUCGAAUCGAUAUUACUUACGUGAAACCGAUUUGCAUGGCCAUUCUACACUGAUAGCACACAAUUUAACCAAUGCCGUCGGAUUGGAUUACGAUUACCAAACAAAGUGUUACUACUGGUCGGAUGUAACAUUGACCAUAAGCAAAAUAAAGCGAAUGUGUCCAUGGGAUAAUAAAACGGUUGAAAUCCAUCAGAACAAUCUUCGAAAUCCGGACGGACUGGCGGUUGAUUGGAUCGGAAAGAAUUUGUAUUGGUGCGAUAAAGGAUUGGACACAAUUGAAGUGUCGAAAUUGGAUGGAAAAUAUCGUAAAGUUUUGAUACAGAAAGACUUGCAAGAGCCGCGUGCAAUUGCCAUUGAUCCGUUUGAACGAAACAUCUACUGGAGUGACUGGGGCGAUCGGCCGCACAUUGGAAAGGCUGGAUUGGAUGGUUCAAACCAACGGAUAAUCGUUGAUGAUGGUCUUGGCUGGCCCAAUGCACUCACCAUCAAUUUCGAGACGAAAGAACUGUUUUGGGGCGAUGCACGUGAAGAUUUUAUUGCCGUCUGUGAUUUCGAUGGUGGAAAUAGAAAGAUCAUUUUAAGCCGUGAACGAAAUCCAAUGCUAAAUUUGCAUCACAUUUUUGCGAUUGCCGUGUGGGAAGAUCGAAUUUAUUGGACCGAUUGGGAAACGAAAACCAUUGAAUCGUGUCACAAAGAUCGAGGCGACAACUGUACCACUUUAUUGACCACAAUCCAUCGACCGAUGGACAUUCGAGUGUUUCAUUCGUAUCGGCAACGUCCAGUCGAUGUGAACCCAUGCCAAACGGCUGGCUGCGAAACACUUUGUCUGUUGUCACCAGAUCCGCCUUAUUAUAGAUGCGAAUGUCCCGAUAAAUUUUAUUUACAUCCAGACAAUAAAACAUGCAUCGCCAAUUGUUCGUCGGCUGAAUUUCAAUGUGCUACCACCAAAAAAUGUGUACCAUUCUAUUGGCUAUGUGACACUCAGGACGACUGCGGAGACAACUCAGAUGAGCCACAAUCAUGCAGAGACUUUAAGUGUGAACCAGGCCAAUUCCAGUGCAAAAACAACAAAUGCAUUGAUCCGAUAGAAAUUUGUGACGGUCAAAAUCAAUGUGGCGACAAUUCGGAAGAGAGUGCCGAUUGCGAUCGAUUCGUCUGUUUUGAGAAACACUUUAAAUGCAGCACAUCAGCCAAUCGAACAGCAUUCUGCAUUAAGAACACGCAACGAUGCGAUGGGAUACAGGAUUGCCCAAACAACGAAGAUGAAUCAGACUGUAUACAUCGCGAGUGCACAAAAGAUAAAUUCAAAUGUGGUGACGGAAAAUGUAUUCCCCGAGUUUGGGUGUGUGAUGGUGAUAGCGAUUGUUCUGCAAAUGAGGAUGAACUGAAUUGCGAUGCUCGCAACUGCUCUGACAAAGAAUUCAGGUGUAAUUCCGGACGUUGCAUACCAAGGUCAUGGUUUUGUGAUGGUGAAAUCGAUUGUCCAACGAAAGAGGAUGAGCCACCUUCUUGUACGGCCCAAGAUAGAAAAUGCAGCGAUCCAGACCAUUUCAGAUGCAACAACGGUAAAUGUAUACCAAAGCGAUGGCGCUGUGAUUAUGAUUACGAUUGUUCCGAUAAAAGUGAUGAGCUUAAUUGCACGAUGCGCAAUUGCUCAGAGUCUGAAUUUAGAUGCGCAAAUGGGCGUUGCAUAGCAGGACGUUUGCAGUGCAAUGGAGAAUAUAACUGUGUCGACUUCAGUGACGAAGAUCAUUGCAACAUAACCUGUGCGGCUGACGAAUUUAAAUGUCCAGGGCAUAAUUUCUGCAUUCCAAACCUUUGGGUUUGUGACGGUGACAAUGAUUGUGGAAAUGGAGCGGACGAAGUGAAUUGUACAUGUAAUCAGAAUCAAUUUCAAUGCGAAGAUGGUCGGUGUAUCGAAAGUCGAUGGCGUUGUGACGGAUGGAACGAUUGCUUUGAUGGAUCGGAUGAAUCGAUCGAAUUGUGUACUGAACUUCCAUGUGGUCAGAAUGCUUUCCGUUGCCGUAACAAGCGUUGCAUUCGAAAGUCAGCAGUGUGCGACGGAGUAAACGAUUGUGGCCUCGAUGAUGAUUCCGAUGAAAAAUCAUGUUCACUCUACCGCAAAUGCACAGCCAAGCAAUUCCAAUGCGAAAGUGAUCAGUUUUGCAUUUCAAAGCAGUUUCAUUGUGACGGCCAACCGCACUGCGAAGAUGGUUCCGAUGAAAUCAAUUGCAAAGAACCGGUGUGUGGCUUCAGUGCAUGUAGUCAGAUUUGCUUGGAGAAGAACAAAUCUAAACAGCAAAUGACCAAUUUCAAUUGCCGUUGUGCCGACGGUUAUACAAAGGGAAAGGAUAAGAAUGACACUUGCUCAUCGAGUGAUGAGCCAUUGUUGUUGAUUGCAUCGGAUCGAGAUCUACGAUUUUUGUUGCCACUCAAGCAAAUGGAUAGCGAAGUGCAUGGCCGAAUCCCAGUGUCAAAAAGUAAAAUUGAUGUCUUCGACGUACGAAUAUUGCCCGAUAUUAUCUAUUUGUACUGGAUCACCACGCCGAAUAGAAGCAUACAGAAAUUGGCUACCACUACAUUCAACAGUAAUUUCAAGCGAAAAACAAAACGAGCUGCUGAACAAGAGGCAAUCACAAUUGUCACCUCAUUGCAGAAUCCGAAAUCGUUGGCAAUCGAUUGGAUUGGUGAACGUAUUUACAUUUUAGAUGGCGGCAACCAUCAAGUAGUUUCAACGGAUUUGAAUGGUAGCAAUCAGGUGACGCUGGUUACAUCAAGUGGUCCACCGAUAGACAUUGUAGUUGACCCAAGCUCACGAAUGAUCUACUGGUCAACACUUGACCAUGGCAUUUUAUCUGCAUCAAUGGAUGGCGCCGAUAAAAAGGUUCUUGUUGAUCGAGGAAUCGAAUGGGCCACCGGUCUAACGAUUGAUCACCCAGCACAACGGCUGUAUUGGGCCGAUCAACGCAAAGGCACCGUUGAAACUGUACUGCUGAACGGCAAGAGUCGACAUGUUGUCACACAGUUUAAAAACCGAACUAUGUUACCAAAACGUGUACAAGUAUUCGAAGACACGCUUUACAUCACUUUGUACGAUCAAACAAUCUACCGAAUAAAUAAGUUUGGGCACAACAAAGGUGAAGUCUUGGUUGAAAGUUUCCAGCGUGCUUCCGAUUUGUUUGUAUUACAUCCGCUCCGGCAGGACUCAAAGAUUCCAAAUCCGUGUCAGAAGAAUCCCUGUUCGGAUCAGCAUGUUUGUUUGCUUUCGUCAUCCGAUCCUUUUGGUCGAAGCUGCAAAUGUCCCGAUCGAUUAGCAGGAGUGAACGAUCACGACGAUGCUAAAUCGAUGUGCCAAACGCCGCAGAGCAGUGUGAAUGAAACGUGCCCACUGCAAUGCAACCAGGGUCUUUGUAAAUAUGUCAACGGUCAACCGAAAUGUAAAUGUCCAAAUGAUUAUGACGGUGAAUUUUGUGAGCAUUAUCGCUGUUCUGGCUACUGUAAAAAUCGAGGUGUAUGCUACGUAGACGCGUCCAAAGUUAAAGUAUACAGUGAUUCAAGGCCACCAUUAAAAUGCCGGUGUCCAAAAUCAUGGACUGGUGACCGUUGUGAAACACCAGUUGCUAAUUGUACAUCACCAUGUUACAAUGGUGUGUGUACGGGUAAAUUCGGUGAUUGCACAUGCAAAACUGGAUUUACUGGUCAAGAUUGUCGCGAUUGUGAUGAACUGCACUGUGAGAACAACGGAAUUUGCCGGAAGAACGAACUUGGCAAAGCACAAUGCGAAUGCACAAAAGAUUUCAAGGGGAUUCGAUGCGAAAAUAGCCCAUGCGAAGGUUUCUGUAGCGGCCAUGGCCAAUGUGUCAUUCAUGAUGGCAGCGUGAGUUGUGAGUGUGACGUUGGCUAUUGGGGAAAGCAAUGCGAACUGGAGGAAUGCACUGAUUAUUGUCUCAAUGGUGGUACAUGCAGCAUAAGCCAGGAAAAUGAGAAAAUCUGCACAUGUUUAGCGAAUUAUUCGGGCAAACGGUGCGAAAAAUAUCAAGAGACCGAACAAGCGUCCAGUGAUUGCAACAAUUUCCAAUGUGAACAUGGUGGUACUUGUCAUGUCAUCAAGAAUCUAGCAUACUGUAACUGUACGGCACAGUUUGCUGGUCCAAUUUGUCGGACAUUCGUGGGCUCAAAUAAUCCAUGCGUUGAUUAUUGCGAGAAUGGCGGCAUAUGCCAAAUGGACUCACAACAAUAUCCAAUAUGUAUAUGCACCGGUGAAUGGACUGGUAGUAAGUGUGAAACUCCACCAGCAUGUCAAGGAUUUUGUGGUAAUUGCAUUCAUGACAGUUCAAUCAAUGAAUGCUUGUGCACCGAUGGAACAGUGAAACCGUGCGUAUCUUCAAAAUCGUAUGCAGCAGAGGAUUCAAUAGAUAGAGUUGGUGUUGCCAGUAUUGUGUUUAUGAUAAUAAUUCUCAUUUUGCUGUUAACUGCUCUGUUUGGUGGUGCAUUGUACAUUUUAAGAAAACGUCGAAUUUGCCAACCAUUCUCACAUGCUCGGCUAAAUGAAUGCGUUGAAAUGACGAACCCAAUAUAUAAUCCAAUGGGUGAUUUAGAUGACACCCCAGCCUUCAUUCAAACAGAUGAAACAAAGAGUCGUUUCACGAACCCAGUGUAUGAGUCAAUGUACGCUGAUUCAUCUGAACCAGGGCUUCUAAACAAUGGCAAUGGAUUGGUCGAUAUCAGCGGUGGCAAUAACAUUGAGAGUAUCUCAAAUUCGGUGCUUGAAGAAAAAACUGGUCUAUUACAAUGCGACGAGCCACAAUUGCAAGAUCUACUCUGAUAGUUAAUCGAUAGCAUUUGCGAGUGAUUGGAGUCGUCCCAUGUGCUCAAAGAAAAUGAUAUAGAAAAACAAUGAGACUUACACAAAUGCUCUUCCAAAUAAAACAAAAAAAAAACGAAAUCUGCUUUUUCGUUGAUUCAUCAAUCAGUUGUAUACAGCAUCAGGUCUUUUACCAGAUGAAACAAUGUUCAAAACUAUACAGUAUAAGAUGCUCACAUUCAUUACGCUUUGCACAGAUUUUUGUUUUGUAAAUCUUUUUAAUCAAUAAUUCGAUGUGGUGAGAUUGAGAGUAUGUUUUUUGAUGAAUAAUAUUUUGAUAAAGUAGAGUGUGUUUCAAUCGGAGUUCUGGUGAUUUUUAGCUCAAAGACAACAAAUAUCGAAUUGAUGCCUUCGCAUAAAUGGUGAAUCUUGUCAAACUGUACAAUUUUGCGAAAGAUAGUUGUUGUAUAUCUGUUGAAAUAAAUGGAUUAUUUCAAGAUUUGUUCACCGCUUCAAAGCAUUGUCUACGUAUUCCAAUUCAAAGUCUAUGAAACAUACACCACUCUCAAUCUCACCUAUUGAAUUGAAAAUCUUCAGUGUUUGUUGUGCGUUAUUGCAAUGAAAUGCCAUAUUUUAACAUUAUCUUAUUGUUACAAAUCAUUUCAAGAUUUUACAGCACCAAUUUUUAUUCCAUUUUUAUAAUUGACAAUAGUCGAAUUUCCUUUUUAAACAAUAACUAUAUACUCAAAUGAUACAUGACUAUGUACAACAAACAUUGGCGAAGCUUUGAUUUCGGUGGCAUUUACCAAUUUAUUUACAUGCAAACAAUCGUCACAAAUGCACAACACUUUCAAUGUGUUUUCAACCAGAUUUUUUUUUUCAUAUUUGCUGAACGCUUUCUUUAUGACUGGGCGUCACGAUAUUACUGUCAGUCUACUUUCCAUUUGAAAAUUGUGUAAAUUGUUUUUUUUUUUUCAAAUUGCGAAAUAUAUGCGAUUCGCAUGAGAUUCAAUUUAAUUUCUGGAUAAUACAGAGUUGAAAUAAAGUUAAAAUCAAUGGUAGCUUCUAAAAAUCUACAUGACAAUUAAUACACAAAAAAUAUGAAGAAAAAAAAGAAAAAAGAAAUAUUAAGAAAUUCUCAACAAAAACAAAGACAAAAAAUGAACAAAAUAAGCCACUUAGUGCCAGCAACAUACACAGAACCAAUGAUUUAAAUAUUGUAAUACAACGUAUUUAGGUAUUUAUAAUUAGAUUGUAUCGACGUAAGAUAUUGUUUUGAGUAGAUUCUUCAUUGCGCUGAAGUUAAUUGGAUAAUAAAAGCUUGUGCCCUUUGAAACACACCUAAGACGAACGCCACCGCGCUAAAUGGAAACGACGUUCUUUGCAAAUAUUUUUUCUAGAAUAUUAUCAGUUUUGUAAUGUGAACGAAAAAUGAAUGAAAUAAUAGAAACAGGCAAAGUAGAAUCAUCUCAUUUUUGACGAAAAUUAUCGGUUAGCUUUUACGUUUAUAUUUGUACAGCUAAAAUAAAUAAAAUAGAAAAUAGA